AAGGGUCAAACAAGAUAUGGUUGCCAGCUUUACACAGUACUUGGGAGUGUUCGCUUACUAAAUUAUGUUUUUUUUAUUUAUUAGACUUGAAAAGUGAUCCGAAACUUGGAAUAGGAUGGCAAUUAAGUGGACUGCAGUGUGUAUGAAUCGGCCUUGAUAAGGACAAAAUGUACAUCUUUUUCGACAUGAGUAAAGUGUGCAGGCUGACUCGCAUGCUGUCCUUCGGCGGGUGUUUAAAUCUUAUUGGACGCCAAAGGACACCUCUUCUAAGGACAUCUUCAAGUGUCACAAUGGACGCUUUAAGGACAGGCUCAUCAAGCGCUUCAAUGAACGUUUUUGAUAGAAGCAUGAAAAGGAAACAAAAGGCUUGGGCAUCGGCUCUGGUAGAUGCUGAUAAAUACGAUUACUUAAGAAACGAGGUUGGCAGCAGAAUUGCAGACAGAAUAUUUGAUGUUGCGAGGACUUUCCCUCUAGCCUUGGAGAUAGGGUGUGGUAGGAGUCACAUAGUUCAACAUCUGAAUAAGGAAACCAUUGACACGCUUUUCCUUGUGGAUGUUAAUGAAAAGGCCUUGAGAAUGACAGCAGAGAUGGAUAUUCCCACCCAUAAAGUUUUAGCAGAUGAAGAAUUCCUUCCCUUCAAAGAGAAUACAUUUGAUCUUGUUGUCAGCAGCUUGAGUUUGCACUGGGUCAAUGAUCUUCCAGGCUCCUUAAAGCAGAUAAAUAAUAUUCUGAAGCCAGAUGGAGUGUUUAUUGGUGCCAUGGUCGGAGGAGACACUCUGUAUGAGCUUCGAUGCUCUCUGCAACUUGCAGAAUUAGAGAGAGAAGGUGGUUUUGCACCUCACAUAUCUCCCUACACUGCAGUUACAGACCUUGGAAAUCUUCUGGGUCUUGCAGGAUUCAAAAUGCUCACAGUGGACAUAGAUGAAAUUGAAGUAUAUUAUCCAGACAUGUUUCAAGUAAUUAAGGAUUUGCAAGGAAUGGGAGAAAGCAAUUGUGCUUGGAACAGAAAACCUAUGCUGCACAGAGAUACAAUGCUGGCUGCUGCAGCUAUAUACAAAGCAAUGUAUGGUAAUGAAGAUGGGUCAGUGCCUGCAACAUUUCAGAUCUUGUACAUGAUUGGAUGGAAGCAUCAUGAUUCACAGGUGAAACCUGCGAAAAGAGGAUCCGCCAAUGUGUCUUUUGGUGACAUUGGGAAGAUGAAUGAACUCUCAAGAAAUAAACCAAACAGCUAAUAAAAAAGGUGUUUUCUUUUUACAAUAUA